AUGGCGCAAUUUCAAUUGCGAAAGUGGGCCAGCAACAAUAGUCAACUUCUGCAAACUGUACCAGAUGAAGCCCGUGUCAUUUCACCAUCUGACCUUUUCGAGAGCAGUGAACAUUCAGACUUGAAGGUGCUAGGUCUGAAGUGGGACCCGGUAGCUGAUAAUUUUUGUUUCAAAGCUAAACCGUCAGCAGUCAUUCCAACGAAGCGUACAGUCCUUUCAGACAUUGCUAGGAUUUUUGAUCCGUUAGGCUUGCUGUCGCCGACAACAUUCUGGACGAAACACGUCAUGCAUCAACUCUGGAUUGCUGGAGUCAAACGGGAUGAAGAAAUACCAAAGGAUAUCGCUGUAAUGUGGACACGAUAUCAGUCAGAGCUAAUGUUAAUUGAAGCCGUCUCUAUCCCUCGUUGGAUCACAUUUGACGACGCCACAUCGAUCCAACUCCACGCAUUCUCGGAUAGUUCGGAAAAAGGAUACGCUGCGGCCGUUUACCUUCGAACCACAACUCCUACCUCAGUUCAUUGUCACCUUACAGACUCAACCACCGCUUUAGCGUGGAUACAGUCGUCUCCUCAUCGUUGGGCUACGUUUGUUGCUAACCGCACUAGCCAAGUUCACGAGCUCACGUCACCCGACAUUUGGAACCACGUUCCUACACAUCAAAAUCCAGUUGAUUGUGCGUCUCGUGGACUUUUUCCAUCAGAACUUGCCACUCAUCUGUUGUGGUGGACAGGACCUGCAUAUUUACUAGAAUCUGCUGACGAAUGGCCGUCUGCUGUAAACCGUUCAAAUACAACUGAUGCUAACAUCUCCACAGAAGCGCGAAAAUGUACCGUUCUCCUUACUACGACAAACUGCUGUUACCGUGUAAUCAUCGCUUAA